UUUAGAGUUUUUUCACCCUUUGUUUUCCAGAUAAACCAAGUAAACCUUUCAGAGGCUUAAUCUUUUUAGUUUGUGACGAUGUCUCACCUUGAAGCCUUUGUGAGACACUGCCCACUCUGCCAUCAUGAAACUUACUAAGAUCAUGUGGGUCUAGAUGUGAGUGGCGGCUGAAUCGUCCAGAAAAUGAUCUCAAGACAGUAUGGUGCUAGGUUGACCUUGGGUCAUGUGACCCUUAAUGACUCACAAGAUUACAGGGUGGGCCAACAACUCUCAGGACUACCUCCCACGCCCUUAUGAUUCUCCAUCAGGUUGUAAAUCUCUUGGACGAGAGGUGAGACGUCUUCAUGAACCACAAAGUCGUCCAGCUGCCGUCAUUUUAACCAUUUAAGACCACCAUGGCCUGGAUGACUGAGAAGCUUUGAUUUUAUACAGUUUUUAGUUUGAGCUUGUAGAGCCAGCCUCAACUGGCCAUGAGAGGAAAUGCGGUUUUUGGCAUUUUCAUUUGUUUCAUUAUUCAUCUGUGCAGUUUGCUGAAAAAGAGCCAAAAAAACCCCAAAAUCCAUCAGUGAAAACUAAAAUUGGGUAUCAUCUUAUUCGGUGUAUUUAAAGUUGACUUGUUACUAACUUCUAAAAAGGUUUAUUUUUUAAACUUUGCCUUUUUGUCUUGAUAUUAUUAUUUUACGACCUUUCCGUCAGUUUGGCAGCUCUGUGCAGGGUUACAUGUGUAAAGAAAUGUUUCUCCCUGACUUCCUGACUUCUGACUCACCGAGCGAACAGAGAUGUUUUAGCAUUAAACAAGGCAGCUGGCAGCCAGACACUUAAAGCGGAGUAGCAAUGAAAGGAAGCAGUCAUAAGAGGAUGAAAAGAUAGAUGGGUGGAGGUAGGGAAGAGAGAGAUGAGGUCUCCCAAAGAGACCACUGGGAGGGGAGGUUGAUGAGAUGUAAGCAGGAGAAGAGAGAAGCUUUAGGACUUGAAAGAGGAGGAGAGGCAGAGGCUGGGAGGGAAACUCCCUUCUGGUCUUGAACAACUGUUCAGGCUUCAAACACUCAGAGCGCUGCACAGCUCACGCUGAGCGAAGUACUGCAGGAGAAACCUCUCACCCCUCUCAAGGAUUUACAGUCAGGAAACAAUUUUUAUAAAGUGGAUUAGGAGAGACAUCUGGCACCCCAGAGACGUGUGGGAGGCGAGCGGCCUUGAAUGAAUGAAUAAGUGCCCACGGAAGACUGGAUAAAAGUUUCCAGAAGUUAUUUUUCAUCAGCAGAUGAUCCUCGUGAGGUAUCCCGGGUUAAUCUUUGGCUCACUGCAGGUGCGAGCUUCAUUUCCUUGUGCGGUGGAGAAAAAGUCGGAGCUAACCUGAUGAUACGGCUCUCCGGUUUCACUCCAAUUUCUGCAGCACCUGCUCAUCACUGAAAUUGCUUUCCAUCCUGCAAGUUUACAACUUCAAAGCCUCGAGCAAUCUUCCAUAGGGGCAUUGUUUGUCUAUAUCCAAAACACAUCUGAAAAGCUUGUAAUUAUGCUCUCACUCUCAUUAUCUCUGCUUCUCCUGCUCCACGGCUGAGAGGUGAGGGAGAAGUGGAUGAGAGGAGAUUAGAGAAGGUAGAAGAGGGAGGGAGGGAGAGAUAAACAGGCAGUUUAAGGCUGUAAACACAUCCUGUCCAGAGGCAGCUGUCUUCUAAACACAUCGGGCAUAAAUCAAGGUUGUAUUUGUCUGUGGUGACUCUGAAGCAGUCGGGGGACAAACAGGAGCGAGCAGAAGGCACUCUGUGGUGGUCAGGCUGGUCACACUGGUGGAGGUGAGAGAGAACGCGAGGAGGGAAGUGGAUUAUUUGUGACGGGAAACUUUGAGAAGAAUCCGGGGCAGACUACAGUCAUGGCCUCGGUCAUCUCUUACGGCCUCUCCUGCCUUUUCGCCAAGAUGCCACGGACGCACACCAGGAGCGCCAGAUCCACGUCCGCCAUCCACCCCUGGACCCUGCUCCUCCUUUCCCUGCUGCUCCUGCUCUCCCUCUCCCUGUGGAGCCAGCAGGCCGAGGCCGUGGUCCCCUCCAGCUUCCGGAAGCUUAGUGGACGAGAGAAGAAGGAGAUGCAGAAGGAGAUCCUGACCAUCCUGGGUCUCCCGGGGAGACCCAGACCCCACCCUCCACUGCGACCGCCGUCUUCUGCGCCGCUCUUCAUGCUGGACCUGUACCACGCCAUGUCGGUUGAUGAGGAUGAAGGCAAUGAGAUUAUUGCAAGUACACCUUUCAAGGGGUCAUCUAAAGGGGCACCUCAGGUCAACCGGGGUGCCCUGCCAACCCUCAGCACGCACACACCGCCGCUGGGGACGGUAGUCAGCGAGGCCGACACGGUGAUGAGCUUCGUCAACCUUGUGGAGCAGGAGCGUGACCUCCUGCAGCCUCGUCCCUACUGGAAGGAGUUUCGUUUUGACCUGACCCCUCUCCCCAAGGGUGAGACGGUGACUGCGGCAGAGUUUCGUAUCUAUAAGACGCUGACGGUGGGUCAGAGGGCAAACCGAACGCUGCACAUCUCCGUCUACGAGAUCAAACGAGAGAACAGACACAGAGAGCCAGAGCUGGUGCUGCUGGACAUGCAGUCGGUACCUGCAGGACAGGAGGGCUGGCUGGCUUUUGACGUCACCUCAGCCUCCAACCACUGGCUCGUCCACCCUCGCAGCAACAUGGGCAUACGUCUCUACGUAGAGACAGAAGAAGACCGCUCCUUGGCUGGGGGUUGGAUUGGGUUGGUGGGUCGGAGAGGCCCUCGCUCCAAGCAGCCUUUCAUGGUCACCUUCUUCAGGGAGAACCAGGUCCCGUGUCGGCCGCCGCGAGCCGUUAAACCUCAUCCCCGCAGGAAGAAACCCAAAUACGACCUCCCAGUCCCCAACUUCAAAGAACGUAAUUCUGAAAACAGAGGUCAGCCCUGUAAAAAGCACGAACUCUACGUCAGCUUCAGCGAUCUGGGCUGGAAGGACUGGGUUUUGGCUCCUACUGGAUACUCGGCGUACUACUGUGAUGGAGAGUGCUUUUAUCCUCUGGGCGCCUGCAUGAACGCCACCAACCACGCCCUCAUCCAGCAAGUGGUUCACAUCCUGAAGCCUGACGAGGUCCCCAAAGCGUGCUGCGCCCCCACGAAGCUCAGCCCCAUCUCCGUCCUGUUCUACGACGACAACAACAACGUCAUCCUCAAAAAGCAUCGCAACAUGGUGGUCAAGACCUGCGGCUGUCUAUGAGAGUGUCCAAGGCACCGCUUGGAAGAAAAUGUAUAAAGGAUGAUUUAUUUUUCCAGACGCUGCAGAAACGUGAACAGUUUGGAUGAUGAAGGACCAACAAAUCUCAUCCAGCAGGUCUGAAUGGUCCCGUUUUUCAGAGUUAAAGUUCACAGAUUUCUCCUUUGUCAGUGUUUCAGCAUUUUCCGAGACUCUUUGGCUUCACAAAAACAUGCUGAAAACAAUCGAUUCACGGCGCACGAUUACAUUGCAGAAAUGGCAUAAAUGUACUCUGGCAUUGAACAUCGUUUAGCUUCUUCAGGGAAGAGUUACGAGCAAACAUUUGGGCAUUUCUCUUAUUUUGAUACACAUUUUCAAAUUGAAAAAAGCUAAUCAGCAUCAAACCACACAGACUUUAGCUUAUUACAGAAAGGUUUCAAUUCUCAUGAAGGCAGAUGAUAUUAGAUGGUAGGAAAUCCAUCAGUGAUGCCUGAUUUAUUUUUUUGUUUUGUUAACUGACAGCACUACUGUUGUUAUAAGAAAAAUCUAUAUGAAGAGAUUAUUAAACUGUAUUCAGUUAAUAUAAAAUAAACAGUACAUUUAAUAUCA